AUGCUCUACGAGUACAAACCCCCCAGCGCUCUAGCCAAGGUCUCGUCGAAGUCACCCUACUCUACAAAAACAGGUCUUUUUGCAAACAUUCACCUGGAAGCUUCGCUUAUACCUCAGCUUUUUCUCAACUGCUUCCUUUCACCUUUGUCAGCUCUAACGGAUCCCACCAUAGAAUAUGGCUUCCAACGCCUUCAGAAGAUAAUCCCCCGUCAUCCAGGGGACCCAGAACGUCUGCCUCGAGAGAUCAUCCUAAAGCGAGCAGCGGACCUGGCUGAAGCACUCUACUCCAUGCCGAAUCGGGUACACGCCGUAGCCAGCAGCAGUUCACCAAAGUCCGUCCAACCCUCCGCCGCCAGCAGUGCCUUUGGUAUGCAUAUGCCAGGCCUC